CUCGGAUAGUUUUAUCAAAAUCCAAGCACUACGAAAAACGGAAGCAACACAAUCAAAUCGUAAAAACACAAAAAGCACAAAAGUCACACACAGAAAGUAAGAAUUUUAGAAAAUAGCAGAGAAUUAUGGAUGCUGAGGAAAAGAAAAGGAUUAAAGAAAUUAUGAGAGAUAAAGAUAAAACAGAAGAAAAGUUACAAUGGAUGUACAAGGGAGACAGGCCAGAAAUGGAGGAAUAUCUACUUGGAAAAAGAAUAGACAGGCACAUUGAAAAAGAUGACAAACCUCCUGAUGAUGUUGCAAUAUUUGCUGAGCGUAUACAAGCUAACAUUGCUUUGGACAUGGCUGCUAAGGCGAGAGAAGAUCCAUUGUUUGCAAUCAGGCAAAAAGAAGAAGAUGUGAAGAGAAGACUUUUAGACAAUCCAGUGAAAAUGAAAAGAUUACAGAAACAGCUUGAAGAUAGAAAGAAGAAAUCUAAAAAGACAGACAAAUCAGAUUCUGAUGAUGAACUGAUCAGCAUGUAUUUAUCAAUUCUCAGUCAGAAAGAAAAAUCUCACAAGAAGAAGAAAAAGCAUAAAAAGAACAGUAGUGAUGAUUCAGAAGAAGAAGAUUCUUCAUCAAGACAUUCUAAAAAACACAAACAUAAGCACAGCAAGGACCAUGAUCAAUAUGAUAGAAAACACAGACAUGAUUCAGACUCAGAGGAAUGUUCAACCAAAAGAAUGAAAUACAAAGAAGAAACACAUAAACAUUCAAAAAGUGAUAGAAAAGAUGACAGAAGAAAAGACAAAGAUAGAAAGUCAGAAAGCAGGAAACAUAGACAUGAUUCAUCAGAUGAUGACCAUUAUCAUAAAAGAAAACAAAGACAUGACUCUUCAGAUGAAGAUUCAUCAAGAUUUUCUCAUCAUCGUCAUAACAAAGCUGAACCGCACAGAGACAGUUAUAAACAUGAAAAACAUACAAAAGACAAUGAAUUCAGUCACAGACAAAAAGAUAAUACAGACAGACAUAAAAAACAUAAAGGUCAGGAUAAGGUUAGAGAUUCAGAAUCUGAAGAAGAGCCAAUCAGAAAGCGACAUGAUUCUGGUUCAGAAGAGGAGAAAGUUGUGCCUGUUGCAAGAAAAUAUGGACUUAUAAAACUGAAGCAGACACCAGAUGAUGAAGCAGCUAAAAGAAAGAGAUCAAGAUCUCCAAAGACGCACAGAUCCAGAUCACCAGUGCAGAAACCAAAAUCAACAUAUAAUAAAGCUGAUUUUAAACCAAGAAAACUUACAGAAGAAGAGAAGAAGAAAAAGUUAGAGGAAAUGAUGGAUAAUGUUAAAUGGAGAGAUGAUAAUAGAACGAAGAACGUGAAGAGAUAUAAUGAGGACGAGAAAAGAGAAAAGGAAGAAAGAUCAAAAACGCAUGAAAAAGGAUUCUUAAACUCAAUGAUGUCCACUCAUGCAGAACAGAGUUCAGUAGAAGAUAGAAUAAAAAGAAACAGAUAUAAUUUACAGAGGACAAAAGCAGAAAUGGACAAAAAUUUCUUAAAGAAAUAGUAUAAAUAAAGUUAUUUUACCCUAAUGAAAUUUGUAAUGAAUGUAAAUAUACAUGUA